CUGUGACUCUGUGAUGACUCUUGUACAACGAGAUGCUUGCCGGCUUCCGCUUUGUCGGCGGCAUGUCGCUGACAGGUCGUCUGUCACUGUCACACGGCAGCAAUCAUCGUGGCCGUUGCUGCAGCGAUGCCCGGGCUCCGUCGGGUCUUUCUGACCUCGCCAUGGCCAUCCAAUACUUGGCUACUGCACAAGGUAUUGGCAAGGCGCCUGCACCGGUGCGAGCCCGGCACCGUCGGAUUGAAACAUCAUUAGCUUGGUAGCUCUAAAGUUAAUUCCAAUACCAAGCACAACAAUUUACUCGGCAGAGGAAAACUUCAUAACACAGGCCAUUGCUCGUCAGCACUCCUCACCCGCUCCUCUCUCCACCUCUCCAGCAAUACGAUGGCCUCCCGACGCUCCAUCAUCGCCGCGCUCGUUGCGAGCUCUGGCUUGGUCGCUGCCCAGAACGCGACUGCCUUCAGCGGCCCUGGGCCAUAUCCUGAGGGCCAGAGCUUCCUCGAUGAUGCACAGGUCACUACGGAGAAGACGGUGUCAUUUGAUCUCUUCUACCCAAACGAGGGCAACGCGCCGCGCUGGCAGCUGAUCACGCGCCUCGAGCAAGCCGCACCUCCGGACAGUGCCAUCCCAGAUGCAUCAGUCCUCAACACUGUGUACGACUUUGGUUACCCCAACGGUGGCAAUCUGAGCGAGGCAGUUGCAGCCAGUAGCGGCCAGUUGAACCAGAAUAACUUCUGUGUCACUAUUCUCGAGAGUCUGCUCCCAAGCAAAGAGGCAAAUCGCUACAACGCCGACACCGAGAGCAACGCUAGCGACGGGAGCUGCCGAUAUGCACUGCGAGAUCAGUGUCUGAAUGCCAUCAACGACCGCGUGGCGAAGACACAACCUGCUGAUAACGGGUGUCGACUCAGCAACCUCAACGUGACCGAUAUCGUUCAAUGCGAGUGGAUUUUCAACGAGGAGACGAAACUCUCGACCUACAACCUUCUUGCUCCAGAGCUUGCUGGUAACCUCACGGGGGGCUUCGCUCACAUCACGAGCGACCCAUUCGACGCUGGGAACACCACUUUCCUCGACAUUGCCGAGACGCGCGUCCACAUGGUGGUAAUCGACUCUGGCAGCACCUUCACUCCACUGUGUGUCAAGAUUGAUGCGGAAAGAGAUCAGGUCGGAAGUGCGUCGAUUGCACGCGUCAGCAUGGGCCUCGUCGCUGCCGCCAUCGGUACUGUGGUAUAUGCUAUGGUAUAAGCUGCUCUAGGGCCGAAAUGCACGUCCAGACCAUCAGCACGAAAUGAUCAAAAUAUGGUGGCAGAGUCCAGGUUGUUGACCUGUCGAAAGACAUUGUCACGUUCCAGCUGGCCUUCAAUUAUCAGAUAAUGUACUAUAGCUCUACACGCUGCAAUCGAGUUGUACUAUCCAGUAUCAUCCCAUUACA